GGCCGGGCAAGACAUGGCGGAAGAGGAGGUGGCCAAGUUGGAGAAGCACUUGAUGCUUCUCCGACAAGAGUAUGUCAAGCUGCAGAAGAAACUGGCAGAGACAGAGAAGAGAUGCACUCUUUUGGCUGCACAGGCAAGCAAGGAAAGCGGCAGUGAGUCCUUCAUCAGCCGUCUGCUGACGAUUGUGGCAGACCUCUAUGAGCAGGAGCAGUAUAGUGAUCUGAAGAUAAAGGUGGGGGGCAGGCACAUCAGUGCUCACAAGUUUGUCCUGGCAGCCCGCAGUGACAGCUGGAGUCUGGCCAACUUGUCUUCCACCAAGGAGCUGGACUUGUCAGAUGCGAACCCUGAGGUAACAAUGACAAUGCUUCGCUGGAUCUAUACGGAUGAGUUGGAGUUCAGAGAAGAUGAUGUGUUCCUGACAGAAUUGAUGAAACUAGCAAAUCGGUUUCAGCUACAGCUCCUUAGGGAGAGAUGUGAGAAGGGUGUUAUGUCUCUGGUGAAUGUCAGGAACUGUAUUCGCUUCUAUCAGACUGCGGAGGAGCUGAAUGCCAGCACACUGAUGAACUACUGUGCAGAAAUUAUUGCAAGUCACUGGGAUGACUUAAGAAAGGAGGACUUCAGUAGUAUGAGUGCUCAGUUGUUAUACAAAAUGAUCAAAUCCAAGACGGAAUACCCAUUACAUAAAGCUAUCAAAGUGGAGAGAGAAGAUGUGGUCUUCCUUUAUCUAAUUGAAAUGGAUUCACAGCUCCCUGGGAAGCUGAAUGAAGUGGAUCAUAAUGGAGAUCUUGCAUUAGAUCUAGCUCUUUCACGACGACUAGAGAGUAUUGCCACCACACUGGUUAGUCAUAAAGCUGACGUGGACAUGGUAGACAAGAAUGGCUGGAGCUUGUUACAUAAAGGAAUCCAAAGAGGAGAUCUCUUUGCUGCCACUUUCCUCAUUAAGAAUGGGGCUCUGGUCAAUGCUGCUACAUUGGGUGCCCAGGAGACACCGUUGCACCUUGUGGCAUUGUACAGUUCAAAGAAACACUCAGUAGAUGUGAUGUGUGAGAUGGCGCAGAUUGCAGAGGCCCUCUUGCAGGCAGGCGCCAACCCCAACAUGCAGGACAGCAAGGGCAGGACUCCUUUACACUUGUCCAUCAUGGCCAGGAAUGAAUAUGUGUUCAAUCAGCUGCUGCAGUGUAAACAAUUAGAUUUAGAACUGAAGGACCAUGAGGGCAGUACAGCUCUGUGGCUUGCAGUGCAGUACAUCACUUUGUCCUCUGACCAGUCUGUAAACCCCUUCGAAGACCUCCCUGUAGUAAAUGGGACUUCAUUUGAUGAAAACAGCUUUGCAGCCAGACUCAUUCAGCAUGGCAGUAACACCGAUGCCCCUGAUACGAUGACAGGAAAUUGUUUACUACAGCGGGCAGCUGGAGCAGGAAAUGAGGCAGCAGCUCUUUUUCUGGCAACCAAUGGUGCCCACGUCAAUCACAGAAACAAGUGGGGAGAAACCCCUUUGCACACAGCUUGUCGGCAUGGCCUGGCCAACCUCACUGCAGAGCUCCUGCAGCAAGGUGCCAACCCAAACCUGCAGACUGAGGAAGCUCUACCUUUGCCAAAGGAGGCUGCAUCCCUGACCAGCUCAGCGGACAGCGUUUAUCUGCAGACGCCGCUGCACAUGGCAAUUGCCUAUAAUCAUCCAGAUGUUGUGUCUGUCAUCCUGGAGCAGAAAGCCAAUGCUCUUCAUGCCACAAACAACUUGCAGAUUAUUCCGGAUUUCAGCCUCAAGGAUUCCCGAGACCAGACUGUGCUAGGCUUGGCAUUAUGGACUGGCAUGCAUACGAUCGCAGCCCAGCUGCUGGGCUCCGGGGCUUCCAUCAACGACACCAUGUCAGAUGGGCAGACCUUGCUGCACAUGGCCAUACAGCGGCAGGAUAGCAAGAGUGCACUCUUUCUCCUGGAGCAUCAGGCAGACAUAAAUGUCAGGACUCAGGAUGGGCAGACAGCCCUCCAGUUGGCCAUCAGAAACCAGCUUCCGCUCGUAGUCGAUGCCAUAUGCACCCGAGGAGCUGACAUGUCCGUGCCAGAUGAGAAGGGGAAUCCCCCACUGUGGCUUGCAUUGGCAAGUAAUCUGGAGGAUAUCGCAUCCACUCUGGUCAGACAUGGUUGUGAUGCCACAUGCUGGGGUCCAGGACCUAGUGGAUGCCUCCAGACACUCCUGCAUAGAGCCAUUGAUGAAAACAAUGAGUCCACUGCCUGCUUUCUUAUUCGCAGUGGCUGUGAUGUGAAUAGUCCCAGAAAACCAGGUGCUAAUGGAGAAGGAGAGGAAGAGGCUAGAGAUGGGCAGACCCCCUUGCAUUUGGCAGCCUCUUGGGGGCUGGAAGAGACAGUACAAUGUCUUCUCGAGUUUGGAGCCAACGUAAAUGCACAGGAUGCAGAAGGAAGAACACCUGUCCACGUGGCCAUCAGCAACCAACACAGUGUCAUCAUUCAGUUGUUGAUUUCUCACCCUGAUAUCCACUUGAGUGUACGAGACAGACAAGGGCUGACCCCAUUUGCCUGUGCCAUGACUUACAAGAACAACAAAGCAGCAGAGGCCAUUCUAAAACGAGAGUCCGGGGCUGCUGAGCAGGUGGAUAACAAGGGCCGGAAUUUUCUUCACGUGGCAGUUCAGAACUCUGACAUUGAAAGUGUUCUAUUCCUGAUCAGUGUCCAGGCUAAUGUGAAUUCCAGAGUCCAGGAUGCUUCCAAGUUGACCCCUUUGCACCUCGCUGUCCAAGCAGGCUCAGAGAUUAUUGUCCGCAAUUUGCUUCUUGCAGGAGCCAAAGUGAAUGAAUUAACCAAGCACCGCCAGACUGCCCUCCAUCUUGCUGCCCAGCAGGACCUGCCUACCAUCUGCUCAGUCCUCCUAGAGAAUGGAGUGGACUUUGCUGCUGUGGAUGAGAAUGGAAAUAAUGCUCUUCAUCUGGCUGUCAUGCAUGGUCGGCUCAACAAUAUCCGGGUUCUCCUGACAGAGUGCACAGUGGAUGCCGAAGCCUUUAAUCUGAGAGGCCAGUCACCACUGCACAUUUUGGGACAAUAUGGUAAAGAGAAUGCAGCAGCCAUCUUUGAUCUCUUCUUGGAAUGCAUGCCUGAGUAUCCUCUAGAUAAACCAGAUGCAGAAGGAAACACGGUGCUGCUCUUAGCAUACAUGAAAGGAAAUGCCAACUUGUGCCGUGCCAUUGUCCGAUCUGGUGCUCGCCUUGGGGUGAAUAAUAACCAAGGAGUCAACAUUUUCAACUACCAAGUUGCCACUAAGCAACUUCUGUUUAGACUAUUAGAUAUGCUGUCCAAGGAGCCUCCAUGGUGUGAUGGCUCCAACUGCUAUGAGUGCACUGCCAAGUUUGGAGUCACAACUCGCAAGCAUCACUGUCGUCACUGCGGACGUCUUCUUUGCCAUAAAUGUUCGACCAAGGAGAUUCCUAUUAUAAAGUUUGAUCUGAACAAGCCUGUGCGAGUUUGCAACAUUUGCUUUGAUGUACUGACUCUGGGUGGGGUCUCUUAGUGAGCCCCUGGGGGUCCAGGCCACAUCCCCAGUCACCUCCCCAGCAGCUGCUCUGCUCACCAGCCUGACCCCACCCAGAGCAGGAGCUGGCGGUCAUCUUCAUGGAACAAUUAAGGACCUUGGUGUGAUAGAUCCCAUUUCAAAUGAUUCUGUAUGAUUGUCAGUGUGUCAGACUGUGAUUGAUUUCACUAGAUGUCUCACUAAUUGGACCAGGCCAUUUAGCCUAAGUGGUAAAUGUGAUAGGAAUUAGACCCCAUUCAGCUAGCAACAUACAAGGAUACUUUGAAAACCAUUUUCCCUUCCAGCAGUUGAGUGUCCAUCUUAGAGCAUUCAUGAAGUCUUCCUGCCUCAGCUGACUAUGCGGCAGAGCCUAACACGGUGUAGGAAGCUAGCUGCUUAACGAGGGCUGGCUUUACUCUAGGGUAAGUGGCUGUGGACUUUUAUGCACAGUGUUUUCAUAAAGAUAAUAGGAUCCUCUUACCCUAAAGUCUUUUUUUUUUUUUUUCUUAAGCUAAGCUGUAUUUUUAGUGAGCUACCCUUUUAAAAAGGUAAAAUCUUUCUAAACAGGGUUCAAAGAUGAGAGCUGAAAAAUCGUGGCCUUAACAACUGAAAGCUUUACCAGUGUUUGUGCUACUGAGGUGUCAGGAGUGCAGUUUGGCAGCUUGGCACCUCUUAGCAGCUGUCUCAUUCUCUCGUCUUGCUGCAUCCUGUCUGUGGAGUCCUCAGUCACUGCCACUAGAGUGGUGGAGGAAAUGCACUUUUAUUGUGCUGCACUUUUUAUAUAGCUGCAUUAUUGGUUAUUCCAAUUUAAAAAUCCAUAUUCAAAAAUACCCUCACACAUCCUUGCAUCAGUGAUUCUAAUGAUCAACUUUGGACCUCAGCUCACACUAAUCUUAAAGGAAAAACACGUAGGGUGUCUUUUGGAGUAAUAGAUUCAUAUAGGCCAAGUUGAGAAGAAUAGGUAAGGCUUUAGCUUCAGGGAUGGGUAUUUCCAGCCUCAGGCCAAUGGCCCCUAUCUCCCUGAAAGGAAUGCUUCUUGCUAAAACCUUUCCUAGUUAUGCUGUGUGUCUGUUGGUGCCAGUUCUGUGUAGCUUGCCCUGCCCCAUAAGGGCCAACAGCUGAAGGCCCUGGCCAAGUGUGUGUGAACCAUUUUGGAAGGCGCUCUGGCUUGUGUGCUGAUGAGGCUGCCAGAACUUGUUAGGCCUUAGUUGCUGCUAGUACAUAUGUUAACCCUGAAGUGUUAAACUUCUUUUCUUUUGAAAGUUUGGCCAGUUUUUUAAAAAUACAUAUUUAAAUAGAAACUUCUACCACUGCUUUAAAAAAAAAACAAAACUCUGAGAUGAACAAUAUGUGUCACACAGUCAUACUUAGAGAUUAACAAUCUCAAUCACACAUACUGAUUUUUCCAGACUUUUAAUAACCACUACAUUUGUUCGCAUUAAUGAUGUAUGGAUAUAUGUGUAAAAGGGACUACUUAUUUUUUUGCAGCAGCCUGUUCUUUUGUUUCUUUUUUGAAUAGUGGUAUGUCCUCUAUGUUGCUGUAGAUUUAUACAUCUGUUGCCUAAAUAUGUGUGUAAAAUGAGCUGAAAAACCGGAGUGCUACUUUUUAAAAAUAUUUCUGUGAUUUAUAAGAUAUGCAAGUAUAUGCUUUCUAUGUUAAUAUGAGCUUGUUGUGCACAAUGUUUAAAAAAAAAAUUAAUUAGAAGUGUUCCCCUGUCCCCCAGUCUGUGACAUAUUUCAUAUAGAAUUUUUAUAGAAAAACUCAACUAGUCUUGGCAAACACUUGACCAUGUGAAUCAUGUGGUCACUUUCCGUUUUCUGUUGCCCAAAAAAGGCCACAAGGAAGUAGAGCUUAGUUAGGUAGCUUGGUUUUUUAAUUAGAAAGUAAGAUAAUUAUGGUUCAAAGAUGAAUUUAGGUGGUCAGUACAUCUAUACUUGUUCUUUUAAUGUUCUUAGUGGAGGGUGGAGGAUGGGAUGAGUCUGAUUGUUAUGCCUUUGCCCUAACAUACCAGUUUCAAUAACAAUCUCGCCUAUAAUUACACUUAAAAAUCUUAAGAUCAUGUUUAAAUUAUGUUGAUGCAAGCUUCUGUUUCUUUACAGAGUCCAGAGAUAGCAGUGGUACUGACCAGCCAUGGAUUGGGGGAACAUAUUUUGAGUUCUGCAUUGGCUUCAGGUGCAUUCAUGUAGAUUUAGAAAAAGCAUCUUUCCACAGUCUUAGGAAAUCUCCCUGACCAUGCUGAUGCUCACUGGGUUGCAUUCAGCAGGUUCCUUGAGUAGCAGCUGCCCCACUGGGACUCCAACAUACACUGCCCUGGCUGGGACUAGAUAGGUCUGAGUCACUUUUGUGCCCUCCAUGCUGUCAGGACUUGACUACAAAACUGCCUAGCUGUUCUUGUUAAAUUUUAAACAGUAGCUUAAGUACUAGUAGCAAAAACUUAAUUUUAUUCAUUCAGAAGGUUGCCAAUAGUGAAUGAGUAGAGCAGGAAGAAUAAACUUUACUGGAACAUAAUUUGCUGCAUCAGUCAACAUUGUUAUGCUGAAUUAGCUUUUUAACUGCCUCUUGCUCAUUGCCAGAUUUAUUAUACAGUAUAUUCUUGACCGUCUUUUUCUUUUUUUUAAGACAAAGGUACAAACCACAUGCUAUAUAUAAGUGGAAUAACUUAAACUAAUUUGCUGUGAUCCUCUAACACAGAAAUUUCCCACAAAUUUAAGUGCCUACACUUAGGACUUUUUAAUUUUCAGUUAUCUUUUUAGUGGUGUCUCAUUGAAUGCUAUAUUAGAACAUGUGUUCCAUUUGGAGUUUUGUGCCUGUGCACUGUAAAUAAACCCCAAUUACCAGUUUAGUCAAGGCUGGAUUAAAUUGCUCGAUUCACCUGCCACAUUCUCUCCAAGGAGUGGGGUCCACGUGACCUUUAGUCCUCUACCUCAGAGCCCUUAAUCAUUUUUGACCACCCAGUUUAGCUUCCUCACUCAUGUCCCACACCUGUCAUGUUGAACUGUUCGUUACUGCACUAAUCUUGUCCAGGGGUGAGGAGUGGAGGAAAAGUCUUCGGAGGGAGUAGAGCCUUGACCUCCAUCUAGGUUUCCUUUAUCUGGAGAAAAAGAACACUCUGAGCUAUGUCAUGCUUAGACCUGAAAGGUACCCAGCAAACAAGUAAGUGUAACGCUUCCAUGACAGAAACACUUGCUUCCCUCAGGACAAGCCCCAGAACAACUACCAGAAGCACCAAAACUCCCCACUCCCAGCUGGAGAAAGGAGGAAGCUGAGGGGAAACGACUUGCCAAAGGGAUUUGGAAGCUACAUUCUUGCUUUGUGGAAGCAGUUUAGUGAAGAGCUGUUUGACAAUAUAUAAACUAAACACUUAAAUUCCCAGAACUUGUAGAUGCCUUAAAGACUUUCUCUGGAAGAUCAUUGCCUGUACAGUUCCUUUUUUGUGUGGCAUAAAUAAUAUAUUAACCUGUUACAACCGAUGGCAUUGGUUUUCUGUAGUUAGGGAGUCUGGAAUUGAGAUUGCUUAAUUAAAUACCUGCCCUUUUUUGGCAGAUGUGUGGAGUUGGCUGUUACCAUGACAUACCUGUGUGAUACUAAGGGGAAGGGCGGUAGCUGGGCGGAAACUGCAGGCACACAUUGGGUUGAUCCCCUUGGCUUCUAAACCACUUGGGGUUGUGCUCAGUGUAUGAUGAUGGCAUCAUAAAGGACCAUAGCGCUUAUCAGCAUUGUUUCUUUGGAGUCUGUGUAAUAGAAUGUAUUUUUCAAAUACUGAUAUUUGCAUUUUCUGUAACAAUUCCUUAUAAUAAAAUGAAGUAAAAUUGUGCA